CCGCUCCCUCCGGCGCUGCCCAUGGAGGAGCGCAGCCCCCGUUGGACAGCGCGGCCCGCGGGCAUGAGCCAUGAGCCGAAGUCACCGUCCCUAGGAAUGCUCUCCACGGCCACCCGCACCACCGCCACCGUCAGCCCCCUGACCCCGUCGCCCCUGAACGGCUCCAUCGUCCCCAAUGGCAGCCCCGCCGCCAGCAGCACUUUGUCCGUCCAGGCAGCACCUUCCUCCAGCUUCGCCGCCGCCCUCCGCAAGCUCGCCAAGCAAGCCGAGGAGCCCAGAGGCUCCUCCCUGAGCAGCGAGUCGUCCCCGGUGUCCUCACCGGCCACCAACCACAGCUCCCCCGCCAGCACGCCCAAGCGUGGCCCCAUGGGCCCCAUCCUCGUGCCCCCGGGGGGGCACAGCGUGCCCAGCACGCCGCCCGUCGUCACCAUCGCCCCCACCAAGACGGUCAACGGGGUCUGGAGGAGCGAGGGCAGACAGCAGGAAGCAGGGUCACGAGGCAGCAGCAGCAGCGCCGGCCGCGAGCGCCUCAUCUCGGAGCCCCCCCUGGCGCAGGAGAAGGCAGGGGGUCCCACUGUGCCCUCCCACCUCUUGGGGACACCCUACUCCUUCGGGCUGCCCCCCAGCUCCGUGGUCCAGGACUCCCGCUUCCCUCCUCUCAACCUGCAGCGGCCGGUCCACCACGUGGUGCCUCCCAGCGCGGUGACCGAGGAUUACCUGCGGAGCUUCCGUCCCUACCACACGGCCGAGGAUCUCCGCAUGUCCUCCCUGCCGCCCCUCGGCCUCGACCCGGCCACCGCCGCCGCCUACUACCACCCCAGCUACCUGACACAUCACCCCUUCCCUCAUCCUGCCUUCAGGAUGGAUGAGUCGUACUGCCUGUCGGCACUGAGGUCCCCCUUCUACCCGCUGCCAGCGCCGGGCUCGCUGCCCCCCCUGCACCCCUCGGCCAUGCACCUGCACCUCUCGGGGGUCCGGUACCCCCCCGAGCUCUCCCACUCCUCCCUGUCCGCCCUGCAGUCCGAGCGCAUCUCCAGCCUCGCCGCCGAGAGGCUGCAGAUGGACGAGGAGCUGCGGCAGAGGGAGCGGGAGCGGGAGAAGGAGCGGGAGCGAGAAGCCGACCGGGAGCGGGAGAAGGAGCGCGAGCGGGAGCGGGAGCGCGAGAAGGAGCUGGAGCGCGAGCGGGAGAAGGAGCGGGAGCGGGAGCUGGAGAGGCAGCGGGAGCGUGCCCGGGAGAAGGAGCUGAGCAUGGUGAAAGCCAUGGAGGGGCCCUUCCUCCCCGUGGCGGAGCUGCACGGGCUGCGGGGGCACCCGGCCGAGGAGCGGGGCAAGCCAGUGGAGCCGCUGGCACCCAGCAGAGCAGACAAACUCAAGGACUCGGUGCUGCCCACGCCGAAGCCCAUCCAGCACCCUCUGCACCCGCCCCCGGGCUCCCACCACCCCGUGCCCAGCCUCAUCCCCAACCACAGCGUGUUCCCCCUGGCCGGGAGCAGCGCGGCCACGGCGCUGCUGAUCCACCGCACCAACGAGGAGGAGAAGUGGCUGGCCCGGCAGCGCCGGCUGCGCCAGGAGAAGGAGGAUCGGCAAUCCCAAGUCUCGGAGUUCCGGCAGCAAGUGCUGGAGCAGCACCUGGACAUAGGGCGUGCCCCGAGCCAGGCUGAGCCCGAGCACCGGCCCGAGCACCCCAGGUUGGGAUCGAGCCGCCACGAGCCCAGCAGCCGGGAGCCAGGGCAGCACUUUGGCGGGCCCCCACCCCUCAUCUCCCCCAAACCCCAGCACCACCCCGUCACCACGUCCCUCUGGAACCCCGUCUCGCUGAUGGAGAGCCCCCCCGACCCUCCCCGGCGCCUCCCCGAGCCCCACGCCCUCCACAGCCACCCAGCGCCCUUCGAGCCCGGCCGCCAGAGCUUCCCUGUGGUGAAGGUGGAGAGGGUUUUCUGCCCGGAGAAGCUGGAGGAGGGCCCGAGGAAGAGGGAUGCUCUGGAGAAAUACCCCCCGGGACGGGAGCCCGGCGCCCCGGAGCACGGGGCCUUCACCCACACCCCCUUCCUAGCUGAGCUGGAAAAGUCCACUCAGAGCAUCCUGAGCCAGCAGCGAGCCCCGGCCGCCGCCUUCCCCGAGAGCUCCAAGCCCAGCUCGCCCUACCGGCCCCCCCAGCCCCGCGCCCAGGACCCCAUGUACAUCUACGACGAGUUCGUGCAGCAGCACCGCAGGCUGGUCAGCAAACUGGACCUGGAGGAGCGGCGGCGGCGGGAGGCCCGUGAGAAAGGGUACUACUACGACCUGGAUGACUCCUGUGACGACAGCGACGAGGAGGAGGUGCGGGCCCAUCUCCGCUGCGUGGCUGAGCAGCCCCCGCUGAAGCUGGACACAUCCUCCGAGAAGCUGGAGUUCCUGCAGCUCUUCGGCCUCACCACGCAGCAGCAGAAGGAGGAACUGCUGAGCCAGAAGCGGCGCAAGCGCCGGCGGAUGCUGCGGGAGCGGAGCCCCUCUCCACCCACGGUGCAGAACAAGCGCCGCACGCCCUCCCCGCGCCCGCCGCUCUCCACCCGCUACAGCCCCGACGAGAUGAACAACAGCCCCAACUUCGAGGAGAAGAAGCGCUUCCUCACCAUCUUCAACCUCACACACAUCAGCGCCGAGAAGAGGAAAGACAAGGAGAAGCUGGUGGAGAUGCUGCAGGCCAUGAAGCAGAAGACCACGCCGGCCGCCGUGGUGGUGAAGAGCUCCCCGCGGGACAGCCCCGGUGCCCCCAGCACUGAGCCUCCGGUGCCACCGCUCCUGCUGGAGCUGGAUAAACCCGUGGGCAUCGCCGUCUCCGUGCCGGAGGUGCCGAAGGUGGCCGAAGCCUCCAGGUUGGACCAGCUGAGGCCCCAGGAGCCACCGAGGCCCAAGGAGUCGGGCACGGCGCCGGAGAAGCCCCGGCUGAGCGACGGGCACCCCGGGAAGAAGGCUCUGAGCAUCCUCAGCUACGUCAGGGGUCCCCUCCCCAAGGACAUCCCGGUGCCGCUGUCCCACAGCAUGAACGGCAAGAGCAAGCCCUGGGAGCCCUUCAUUGCCGAGGAGUUUGCCCACCAGUUCCACGAGUCGGUGCUGCAGUCCACGCAGAAGGCGCUGCAGAAGCACAAAGGGGGGACGGCGGAGCAGAACCACAAACUGGACACGUCCAUCCACUACAACAUCCCCGAGCUGCAGGCGUCCGCCCACCCGCCCGCGCCCCCGCACAACGGCACGGCCGAGGGGCCGCUCCGGCCACUGCCCCCCCUGCCCCGGGACUCCGCCUCCGAGGACGAGGACGAGGAGGAGGAAGAGGAGGAAGAGGAGGAAGACUACCCCAGGCCCAAGUGGCAAGGGAUCGAGGCAAUUUUUGAAGCUUACCAGGAACAUAUAGAAGAACAAAACCUGGAGCGCCAGGUGCUGCAGACGCAGUGCCGGCGGCUGGAGGCCCAGCACUACACCCUGAGCCUGACGGCCGAGCAGCUGUCACACAGCAUGGCGGUGAGUGGGGACAGCACCAUCCUCCGGGCGCCCAGCCCCUGGGCACACCAUGCCUUGGGCACCCAUCUCCUGGGCACACCAUGCCUUGGGCACCCAGCCCCUGGGCACACCAUGCCUUGGGCACCCAUCUCCUGGGCACACCAUGCCUUGGGCACCCAGCCCCUGGGCACACCAUGCCUUGGGCACUCAUCUCCUGGGCACACCAUGCCUUGGGCACCCAUCUCCUGGGCACACCAUGCCGCCAUCCCCUGGGCACUCAUCCCCUGGACUCCCCUUCCCACUGGGCACACCAUGACCCGGGCACUCCAUCCCUUGGAUACCCCAUUCUCUAGGCUCCCCAUCCCUUGGACACUCAUGCCCUGGGCACUAUCCCCUAAGCGUUCAUCCCCUGAGCAUUCAUCCCCUGAAUGCCCAUCCCCUGGGCACUCCAUUCCCUGGGCACACCAUACUUGGAUACCUCAUUCCCUGGGCACACCACACUUGGAUACCCCAUUCCCUGGGCACACCAUGCCCUGGACAUCCCCUCCCUUGGACACCCCAUUCCCUAGGCACCCCAUCCCCUGGACACCCAUGCCCUGGGCAUACCCUGCCGUGGGCAGCAGGCUCUGUGGGCACCCAGCCCUCCUGGGCACCCAACCUUCUUGCGACCUGACCUCAGGGCACCCAAUCCUCCCACAGCACAUUCCCUGCACUGCCCAUUCCCUGCAGUGCCAAUUCCCUGGAGUUCCCCAUUCCCUGCAGUUUUCCAUUCCUUGCUGUAUCCCAAACCUUGCAGAGCCCAUUCCCUGCACUGCCCAUUCCCUGUAUUUCCCAUUCCCUGCAGUGCCCAUUCCCUGCUGUAUCCUAAACCAGGCAGUGCCCAUUCCCUGCUGUAUC